AUGUAUUGUGUACGGCCUGUUCUAACCAAAAAGCCCGCCCGCGGGUUCGCAUGGGCCUGUGCGGCCUGCAGUCGUGCCCAAGAGCGAAAACUUGAGGCUCGGAACACUCCGAUCCUUGGCGAAUCUCAAGCGGAAGUUGAAGAAGAAGUUGUCGAAGAGGAGGAGGAAGAACCCAACGGUGCGAACGGCACAUCAAGCAGCACUCCUGCAAUUGUCGAAGAAGAAGCCCCUCGGCCAGCCACCGAAGAGCAGGUUGCGCAGGCCAGGAUGUGGCCUUAUCGUUAUCUAGGGAUACACUGCCGUGUUGAAGACGCGCUAGACUAUGACGACCGGAUAUAUCCUCGGGCGAGCUCUCGGUUGGGACCGCGAUUCCAGGCAAUCGUAAACCCUUGGCCAGGGCGUCCUGUGGAAUAUGUCAAGCCAACCGAUAUCAAGAAAAAAUAUAUGAAGAGCUCUGGAGGUCGCAAGGACUCGAAGCUCUCGAAAGAGGCCCUAGCUGCACUUGAGGCCGCGAAGCAAGAGAAGGCAAACAGACCAAAAUGGGUUAUGGAUGAGCCGCAGGGAUAUGUACGGCGCGGUGAAGAUGAGCCGGUUACCGUCAACGGUAAGCAGGUGCGUACGGCGGAGCUAAUGUUCAAGAUGCCCACUGCGACCCAAAUACCCUCUCGGGGCGAAGACGAUGCGCCUGGUGCGGAUCUUAGCGCUGCGGAUCGAGAGAGAUUUAUCGACGACUAUAUGGCUAGAGCAAAGGAGAUAGCGCCUGACCUUGGGGUCGAAAAGUACUCUACGAAUUUUCUGGAUAAGGCUUUGGAGCUGCUUUAUGCAAAUAGUUUCGAUGUCGAGACUGCUCUUUCCAAGUUAAAGCAGAUGAACAAGUACAAGGAUCUAAAGGAGCCCCAUCUGCGACCUGAAGAAGUAAAAGCGUUCGAGCAGGGCGUUGCGAAGUACGGAUCGGAGUGGCGGAACCUGACGAAACAUGUCGGUACUGUACCGCAUUAUCAAAUCGUGCGGUUCUACUACAUGUGGAAGAAGACAGCCCGCGGUCACCAGAUCUGGGAUCAUUAUGAAGGUAGGCGAGGCAAGAAGGAAGCUAAGCGAAAUCACACUGCAAAGCUCGUGGAUGACGUGGCAGACGAUCAUGAUGAUUCAGCCUAUGACAAUGAGAAGGCUGUUGAGAAAAAGCGUGGUUUCCAGUGCAAGUUCUGCUCUACACGUACCUCACGCCAAUGGCGGCGUGCCCCUGGGAUCCCGCCCGGGACUACAACCCCAAGCGAACCAUCAUCGAAGCAACGAGAUAAGGGGCCGCAGCUUACGGUGGCUCUCUGCUUACGAUGCGCUCUACUAUGGAGAAAGUAUGGGAUUCAGUGGGAGAAUGUAGAUGAAGUCGCCAAGAAGAUCUCCCAAAGUGGCAACAAGUCAUGGCGCCGGCGUGUUGAUGAAGAACUACUGACACAGCUCCUUAUUUCCACCGAGACUCCGAUUAGCAUCAAUAGUGCGACUGCUGCGACUGCUGCCUCGAUUGGUGUCCCUGUAGCAGCCAACCCUCAAGUGCAGGAGACCACAAAAAAGAAGGGACGCACCAACGAUAAAGACAGUGGCGCGACUUCGACUGCUACAUCCGUGGAACCGGCGCCAAAGAAGAAGCCAGCACCAGAGAAGGCCCCGGAACCGGCACCGAUUGUCCCCGAUCCACCCAAGGCUAAGACACUUCCUUGUGCCGUCUGUAACAAGAUGGAACCUAUGGGUGAUCAACAUUUGUCCUGUAGGGACUGUCGGCUAACCGUUCACCGAAGCUGCUAUGGAGUCAGCCCGUCACGGAAUUGCGUUAAAUGGCUGUGCGACAUGUGUACCAAUGACAGAAAUCCGUUGUUCUCGACAUGUUACGAGUGUGUUCUAUGCCCUGUGACCUGGACAGAGCAUGAAUUGAUGGAAGCUCCACGGUCGACGCACAAGAAGAAGACUGAGCGGGAUCGGGAAAAGGAGAGGUUAGAGAAGGAGAUGGUUAGUGAAGCUAUCAAACUCUAUCGACAAAGGCAGGAAGCCGUAGGCAAGCCGAUCGGUCCUCGGGAACCGCUGAAGCGGACUGAUGGUAACAACUGGGUCCAUGUCGCUUGUGCGGUUUGGACUCCCGAGAUCAAGUUUGCCAACGCGAAAGAGCUUGAACCUGCUGAAGGAUUUGCACUUAUUUCCGCAGACAAGUACCGUGAGGUUUGCAAAAUUUGCAAGUCAAACAAUGGUGCUUGUGUACCAUGCCAUUUCAGUGGCUGCAAUGUUCAGUUCCAUGUUGGUUGCGCGUUCCAGGCGCAGUACACGUUUGGCUUCGAUAUCACGCCCGUUAAGAGCUCUAGGAGAGAUACCGUGCAGAGUGUGCGGCUCAAGGAUGAGGUUGGAGUGGCCUCUGCGGGAAUCUGGUGCCCUCAUCAUACAGUACCGUCUGUUGUUCAUGCAGUAGGCGAGCCUACGGAGGAAGAAGGCAUCAAUGCCCUCCAGCGAUUCGUCCAAAACUACAAACAAGCCGACCUUUCCUUGACUGGGACUCUACGUAGAGCGGCGUAUGUUCAGCAGUCUAUUAUCGCAUCACAACACAGUGCGACAUCGGCCGGACACCGACGGGCAUCUGCUGUCAACGGCGUUACCGCUCCUCCGCCUACAACGAAGGAUACCUCUAAGAAUACAGGGGUGCCCCCUGAGGAAGCUACGGACGAGAUGGCCAUUGAUUCCGAAAAUCAUGCACCGACCCAGGUCACUGGCACAGAUGCAACAAGAAAAUGUGCGCGUUGCUCUACCGCAUACACCCCUCGGUGGUGGCCUAUCGAUAAGUCACGACGAACAACAGCUGCUGAUCACAGGCCACCUCUACUCAACGGAGCUGGGAUGAAUGAACCAAGAUUUCCGCCUGCGGCCUCAGCAAGCCCUCCAUAUAUUCAUCGAAACCCCUCUCAACAUUCCCUCAUGAAGCUCAACGGUGAAUUCAAUUCUGCAGACAAGAAUGGACUAGCGAGUAAUCCCGAAGCGUCAUUGGACCAACAGAACCAGGACUCAUACGAGUGUCAUAAAUGCCAUCUCAAACAGAUACCUGCCCAGCCCUCUCCAGAGCCUCGGCCGUCUCCUUACUCGGCUCAGCGGCCAGUCCUCCCCGCCCCCCGUCUUCCAGAAUAUCACAAUCAUUCUUACGGCCCUCAUGCCCAUCCUCCACAAACCGGGGUGCUGCCUAGGCCUCUUGGUCCGCCGCCUUCCAAUGGGCCUGAAUGGUAUCCGGGAUAUGAACAGCGUCCCGGCGAUUAUGGGGAUAAGCUUCGCAAUGGCAUUCCAGUUGCUACCUACCGCGGAGGACCUCCACCACCCCCACCGCACCAUAUGAAUGGCUUCCAGCCCGCUCCUUCACACCAUGCCCCCCCGCAUCAUUACACGAGUGGAGCUCAUCCUCCUCCACCUCCCCAGCCGUUUCCUACUCAUCAGAGCCCCUAUGGGCCAGUCUCUAUACCCUCUCCUCAUCUUUCUCACCCAGCUGGGCCUCGACCAUACGCCCCAUCGGCAUCACCUCCGGAUGUGCACUCUACAAUGGUUCGACACUCCCCACAGCACUCACUCAGUGCAUUGAACGGGGGACCACCGGCACGUGUCUAUUCUGUCGAACGCGUUCUUAGUGCGCCAACGCAGUCACCUCCCGUUUCGCAAGCACAUGUUGAUCCACGAGGUCGGACGCCACCCGGAAAGUUAGACGAUGCACCUGUCACCGCGCCCGCAGGUCCGACGAGCAGCAUCAGGCAUACGAAUGUCAACGGGACAAAUGGCGGCUCCGGCGCUAGCGCAAGCCCAUCUCUCAAGAAUUUACUCUCUUAA